ACCAUCAUAAACCCUCUCCUUUUUCCUAACCCCUUAUCCCCCCCCCCUCUCUCUCUCUCUCUCUCUCUCUCUCUCCUCUGCAACCACCUCUUCUAAGCUAUUAUCAAUGGCUGAAAGUUGUUUAAUUUCUACACCGACACUCUUCACCACCAAAAACCAAUACCCCUUUCUCUCACUUCCCCCAAAACCCUUUAAGCUCUCACAGCUCUCAUUCUUAUCUUCGCCAUCUUUCCAUUCGUGGGUUUCCAUCAAGCACACGUCUUCAUCGUUCCAUGUAGUCCCACUGGUGGCACAGACCUCACACUGGGCUCAACAAGGGGAAGAAGAGGAAGGAGAAGAGGGCUCGAGUUGGAAGAGUCAAGGGUUGGAGGGGACAGUGGCUACUGCUGCUUCUGAUGGUUGGGGAGGUGUGCUUGAGGGUGUAGAAGAGAAUUCUGGAGAAGGGGCUUUGGAUGAUAGUGGAGAAUUUUAUCCCGAGCCAUCUGAAGAGGCGAAACUCUUUGUGGGUAAUUUGCGUUAUGAUGUUGAUAGUGAGAAACUAGCUGAGAUCUUUAAUCAAGCUGGGAUUGUUGAGGUUGCUGAGGUAAUUUACAAUAGGGAAACAGAUCGGAGUAGAGGGUUUGGGUUUGUUACGAUGAGCACUGUGGAAGAAGCUGAGAAGGCUGUGGACCUGUUCAACCGUUAUGAUUUAAAUGGAAGGCUUUUAACAGUAAAUAAGGCUGCUCCUAGAGGGUCACGAUCAGAACGACCCCAAGUGAAUGACUCUUCUUUCAAAAUCUAUGUUGGCAACCUGUCAUGGCAAGUGGAUGAUGCUCGUCUGGAGCAGGUUUUUAGUGAACAUGGGAAGGUGGUUAAUGCCAGGGUAGUUUGCGACCAGGAAACUGGCCGCUCACGAGGGUUUGGUUUUGUUACAAUGUCUAGUGAGACAGAAUUGAAUGAUGCCAUUGCUGCUCUCGAUGGACAGAAUUUGGAUGGCAGAGCAAUGAGGGUAAAUGUUGCUGAAGAACGAAGGAGGCGUGGAUCAUUUUCUUAUUAAGAGGAUUGUUACUCGACUUCACAUUAACUCUUCCUGUUUGGUAUAAUACUUUUGAAAUAUAGGAUCCUGUCAGUCUUUUUCCUUUUUUCCCCCUUUUGAGGAUUGCGAGCAGAAAGUUCUGUAUUAGGAGUUGAAGUUUCUCUAGUCUGAUUUUCCCUUUGGUUUGUUGGUGAAUUGAUAUCCAUAUUCUAUUGAUGCUACAUCUUAUCGGUCAA